CUUAUGAAAGAUUCUCACCUCUGACAGACUGAAGCCAGGACAGUAGACCUCUUUCUGUAACCCUAGUAAAAGCUGACAAACAUCAUGAAAACUUUCUUUGCAACCAUCAUCUUUGGCAUUCUCCUUGGAAUGGCAUAUACUCUGACCUGCAAUAAAUGCACUGGACAAGUUGCGUGCAAUCCGGUCCCAUCCACAUGCAAUGCUUCCCAAGUGUGUUUAACUGUAUCUGGUAUAUUUGGGACCCCCGGUGUUGUUCAACACCUCUUUAUGAAGAAAUGUGGCCCCAAGCUACCAUACUGCAAUCAACUUGUGAGUGUGGAUAUCGACUUCUUAGAAAUAUCUGCUAACAUUGAAUGCUGUGAGACGGAUCUGUGCAACUCCAAGAAUUAUACUGUUUUGAAGACAGAGAAAGAAAAUGGGGUUCAUUGUCCGGCCUGCCUUGGUCUCCCUGGGGACUGCAGUGACACGCUGCUUACGAAGUGCAGUGGGAGCCAAAACCAGUGCAUCACAGUCUCUAUGUCAUAUUAUGAUGCCACAGGUAAAUAUGUGAAUUUCCUGUUGAAGGGCUGCGCGAGUCAAUCUGCCUGUCAUGAAGAAUCUUUUAUACAGUUUGCUAGGUUUUAUUCAAUCAACUAUAAUAUAACUGCAUCUUGUACCAGUGGAUUCUGUCCCCAUGGAAACAUGUCCAUUCUUUUUGCAUCUGUUAUUCUGGCUUUCAAAGUCGUGUUUAUUUAAGGCAGGGAAUGGUACUGUUGCAGUUUGUGAAAUGUGUGCUGCUUCAUGCCACUCUCUAAACGUCAUGUGGGUUACGACUGUUAAUAAAUCUUAGUAUAGUGUAUCAGUGCCUGUCCCACAAAAAUACAUAUACUCUGUUACUCCUGCUGUGUUAAUACUAAUAAAAGUGAUAAAAGCCUCUG